AUGGUCACACUGGCCGUGUUACAAAACAACAAGUGCUGAAAUGCAGCAGAAAAUAAAAGCCGGCGGGGGAUUCUUCUCCUAUUUUAAGACAGAAAAGGGCCGGAAGCUGGUAUUUUACGCGGCGGGAGCCACCACAGUGGCACUCUUUGUGGGAAACUUCGUGCCACACACAUUUGGCCUGAAAUACUACCGCGAUUUCGUGCAAUGCUAUCAACAUGGCGUGGGUCGUCCAGUGCCGGAGGCAGUGCAGCAGCGCCUGGAGAAGGCAUUGGAUCAGUUGGGUCUGACGCCCUUUGAGCGAAAGUUCGUGAAGCCCUUCACAGUCUUCGGAUUCGAUGUGUUCCAGGCGGGCACCACCAAGUUGCGAUUUGGCGGCGCUUUGGGCAUACCAGUGAACUAUGGUUAUGGCAGUCGGGAGGAGAUUAAGCGGGCAGACAUUCGCUUCAGGGACAAAGAGAUCAACUGGAGUUCGCCCAGCGGAAAGCUGCUGGAGGAGGCCAUUGUUCUGAAUGAGGAUGAGCAGAUCUUCGGUCUUAGCAAGGCUGUGCUACAGCUGCAAACCCAUAGGGUACUUCUGAACUCCAUCUUCCCCAGCGUUAGCUUCCUCAUGGUUUACACCAUUGGUCACUACCUCAACCUGCGGCAAGAUCUAUUUGCUCGCCAUGGCAGCGUCCGGUUUGUGCUAUACAGUAUCCUUGGUCUCUUUGGCCUGGGAAUCUGGUCCUUUAUGAAAGACUACAAUCAGGUGUCCAUGGACGCAGAGAUUGACCAGCGGCUGGCCAGCAUGGGUCCUCAAUUUGUGGAGGCCGGAGCCAGCUUUUACGACAAGCAUCUAAAGAAGAACAUCGCUCUGAGAGAGCUGAUUGGAAAUGACAUUUACACUGCCCUGGGCAACGAGAACUUUAUGAUUCGCCAAAAGUCCAUGCCACUUACGGCACGGAAAUCCUUCUUCCUGGAGAGGCUGGAGGAACUGAAGAAGGCACAACAGCCUGAAACGGAGUAAUAACAUUUAUUGUUACGAUUAAAGAAAAUAUGUUUCCAAUUA